AUGGCAAAUCCCAGAUGGCAUAGGUAUUUCGACGACAAUGAUGUUAAUAAUUGGAGCAUCCUCGGGUUUCAUGAAACAUGGUUAUGUCAGAAUAAAGACGAUCCAAAAAAGCUAAAUUAUCAAAAAGCAAAUGAUGUUAUUACAAAAAGCCUGUGUUCUCUUAUUAACAAUUGCAAAGAUGAAAUGAAGAUUCAAGGAGCUGCAAAACUUCUAGCAAGCAAGGCAAAGGAAUCAACUGUUUGCUGGUCCUCUGAAUGCCUGCUUGGAUGUAUGGCAACAGUUGUCCAUGCUAGGAGGAAUCAACUGUUUGCUGGUCCUCUGAAUGCCUGCUUGGAUCCAUGGCUUGUCACAACACCAAUAUGUGUUGAUAAUGUCACAAGAUACUCAUGUGCUUUGACUAGUGCUGCGGUAACAAACUUAUGCAACAUUAUACCAGAGUUGACACCAACAUCACCAAGUAAACGGCCCUUUGAAAGUCUUGAACCAGAAAUAAUAAAUUCAGCACAGGUUAUGGGACAAGAAUCAAAUGAAAAUUUUAAUCCGCAACCAGAGAUAAUGAGGACACCAUUAUCUACAUCUCUGGAUGAAGACACCCUUCUUCAUACUCUGAAUGCACCACCUAUGUGGACUAAAAUAGAGAACUAUCUUGAAAAUGCUCUGAAAAAGUCAGGAAGAGACUUUAAGAAGGCUAUCAUGCUAGAAAUUAAGGGAGAUGACGAGAACAAGUUCUGUCUAUAUUUUGCCUCAAUCUUUGACGAUAAAGAAAUAUGGCACAUGGAAGUUGCUGGUCCACCAUCACCACCAACAAUGGAUCAUGGAGUUGGUGACACAAAGAAAUCAUUGCAUAGUGACAUCUUGAACCUGGUUGCACUUUUUGCUUGA